UUUGUAUAAUGUCAUGCUGUUUGGUGACCUGAAAAGCUAAAACAGAUAUAUCGGCGCCCGACCUCUUCUCCACCGUUAGCGCCGCCACGGCCAUUGCCACAACCUUGUUCUUAAUCUGCAAGUCUCGUCUCAUGCACGAAAAGAACCUCACAACACACCAUCGCCAACAACCCAAACGCAAUCCCGAACAACCCAAACGCGAUCCGCGUGCUAUUCGUUUCCCAAAUCGGAACUUCAAAAGCCCUAGCGACGCGCCUCUGCGAUUUGUUAGAGUCGGAAGGCGUCGUUUUGGAGCUCGUAGAUGCCCGGAAUUACGAGCCCGAAGCCCUACCCAAGGAGAACCUCGUCGUCCUCGUUGCUUCAACUUCGGAAGUUUGGAACCUAUCUCCCCUAUCUCCCGCACGAAAUUUCUUCCUCAGUCACGACCUACCUUGGGGAGCAAAGUUCUUCCUCAAUUGGAUCAAGAAAAAAGCGAACGCCUUUAAGGUUGGAGCGUUUGUUGUGAAUGCUUGCAGUUUCAGUGCCUUUGUGGUGGGCAGAGAGGUUACUGAAGGUGGGAAGAAUUUGAUGGCUAAGGCCGCGAAUGAGAUUAGGGAUUUGGGGCACACUGCUGAAUGGAAUGCGGAUUUUAACAGCUGGUGGGGAAGUGUUGUUGCGGUUUUGCAAGGUGCUGUUUUGGGAAUAUGCGGGGAAUCUGAACCUGAGGAUGUUGGUUCUUCUGAUCUAAAGCUAUCCAUGACACAGCGUUUAUAUUUGUUGGUGGAUAAUGACGAUUUUGUAACAAAGCAAACCGAGCCUUAUGUGAGCUUCUCUAGUACCACCAGUUACAGGAUGUUAACUAUCCCUGAGGACAACUAUAUGAAGAAUGGCACUGUUGAACCUGAAGAAGUAUGUCAUAUACCUGCCCAAUGGCCUCUUAGAGAUGAUCUAUUGAUCUACAACGGUGUGUUACCAAAUUUUCAAGGAUUUUGUUCUGUUGGUCGCUGCUUUUACUUUGCUGGUGAUGUUCAUAGUCUUUUAACACAUCCGAACGUGGGUGACGAUUGGCGCUACUCAAAGCUGUGGUGCCUUAAGUAUGAGGAUUCUACUUGGGUUUGGAGUCUAUGUGGAACCAUGUUCUGCUCCGAAUUAAGUCCCUUAGUAGUCCCAUACGAUGGCAAAUUGUGCAUGUUUGGGGGUGAGUAUGGAAUUGGAAUUUGGGUUGAGAUCUAUAGCCUAAAAUCAGGUCUGUGGGAAAAAAGGGAAGUGCCCCGUAGUGCUCUCUUCUCAGAUCACUCGUUCCCUAGCUCGUACUUUCUGUGGGAGGACAGCACCAAGAGUCGCAAGAAGACCCUCAUUGUAUUGUAUUCUUUUGAUGAUAAUCAUCAGUUGCUCAUGUCAUAUGACGUCAAGGCUAACAGAUGGGAAGAAGUUGAGUGUAAUUUUCCGCCAGUUCCUGAAUUUUGUCCUAGAAAAUUAGUUCGUUUGGGAUGUAGCCAUUAUCUUCUGAUUGUAGACUUCGCUCCAACGUGGUUUAUUUAUGACUUGUCUGAGAAGCAGGUUGUGGCAAAAGUGGCCGUGGAUGGUUUGGAGGAGGAGGAGGAGGAGGAUGUGCGGGUAUCAAAUAUUUUUUGUUGCCAACACAAUAGCAAAGAAAGUUUGAUUUAUAUAUUCACGGAACCUGAUGAACAGGAAGAGGAAGAAUUUCCGUUUGUUUCUUAUGCCAGAGUCAGGCUCCAACUUCGAACUUUUUCUGCCAAGAUUGAAUCCAAGGGUUAUCUUAGAGUUGGUUCUCAUUACAAAUACAAUAUAUUUGCUGCUGGAGAUGAAGGCAAUAAAGAGAAGACUGUAGUUUAGUAUACCGGUGUGGUCGAUAUUAGGAAUUAGAAUUUCACCAUCAAUGACAAGUAGCCAAAGAAAGAAUACCAAAGUCAUAUGAAAGCUCUAACCACCUUGAAUCCAACUUUGUUUCCAAGACAUGCAUGCCAAUCUGCCUUUCUACAAGUAUACAAAUAUAUUUACCUCUUUGGCCCUGAAACACAGGACUCAACAUCUCCCAAGUCUAAGUGCAAUUCAGAUGUAUAUACUCUUUUAUCACCAUCCUGGAAAGCAAGCACUGAUUAUUUAAUAUAAAAUACUAUAAUAAU